AUGGAUUUUGUUCUAAAUUACCUAAAUGCAACUGCCAUUGGACUUCUUUCUCUAAUUCUCUUUUGUUUGUUUUUGUAUCGUCCCUUCAAAUUUGGUCAUAAUAAAGAGGCUCCCAUGGUUGCAGGUGCAUGGCCAAUACUUGGCCACCUCCCGUUGUUGAGUGGUUCUCAAAGACCACAUAGAACUUUGGGUGCUUUGGCUGACAAGUACGGGCCCGUAUUCACUAUCAAGCUUGGUGUCAAAGAGGCUUUGGUAAUCAACAACUGGGAAGUGGCUAAGGAAUGCUUUACCACAAAUGACAUUGUUGUUUCCUCUCGCCCUAAGCUUGUUGCCGUUGAGCACUUAGGCUACAACCAAGCUUUGUUACCCGUAGCACCCUAUGGUCCUUAUUGGCGUGAGCUACGAAAGAUUACAACAUCAGAGAUUCUUUCCAAUCGCCGAAUAGAGGAACUACAACCUGUUCGUGUGACAGAAGUUCAAACUUCGAUUAAGGAGCUCUUCAAUGUCUGGAGUAGAACAAAGAACGAAUCUGGUUAUGCGUUGGUGGAUCUGAAGCAAUGGUUUUCUCAUUUGACAUUCAACAUUAUUUUUCAGAUGGUCAUUGGAAAGCGAUACUUUAGUGUUGCAACUAAGGAUGAUGAGAAGGCACAAAGAUUUGUAAAAGCCGCGAAGGAGUUCAUCCGUCUGUUUGGCGUGUUCACAGUGGGAGAUGCUAUUCCUUAUUUGAGAUGGUUUGAUUUUGGUGGCCAUGAGAAGGCCAUGAAAGAAACUGGCAAGGAAUUUGAUAGUAUAUUAAGUGAGUGGUUAGAGGAGCAUCGACAAAAUAGGGCUUUGGGUGAGAAUAUUCAAGACUUCAUGGAUGUGAUGAUUUCCUUGCUUGAUGGAAAAACAAUUGAAGGGAUAGAUGCCGAUACCAUCAUCAAAUCCACCGUAGAGACGAUAAUUUUGGGCGGAACUGACACGAGCAGUAGCACUCUUACAUGGGCAAUAAGUUUGGUAUUGAGAAAUCCUCUUGAAUUAGAAAAAGUUAAAGAAGAACUUGACAUCCAAGUUGGAAAACAAAGAUGUGUAUGUGAGUAUGAUGUAAGUAAGUUAACGUAUCUUCGGGCCAUAGUCAAAGAAACUUUGAGAUUAUACCCUCCUGUUCCCCUCUCUGCUCCUCGUGAAUUCACAGAUGAUUGCAUUUUAAGAGGAUACAAUAUCAAGAAAGGAACCCGUCUAAUUACGAAUCUUUGGAAAAUUCAUACAGAUUGUAAUGUUUGGUCAGAUCCAUUAGAGUUUAAACCGGAAAGGUUUCUUACAACUCAUAAAGAUAUUGAUAUCAGGGGUCAUCAUUUUGAGCUAUUACCAUUCGGAAGUGGUAGAAGGGUUUGUCCUGGAAUAUCCUUUGGCCUUCAAACUAUUCAUUUUACUCUUGCAAGUCUUUUGCAUUCCUUCGAGAUCUUAAAUUCAUCAACUGAACCAAUUGAUAUGACUGAACUCUUCGGAGUAACCAAUGAUAAAGCCACUCCACUUAAGAUUCUUAUUAAACCACGAUUAUCUCCUAGUUCUUCUGAAAGCUUGUAAUCCGUAUGUGUUAGUUAGCGGUGUGAACUUGGUGCAUGUAUUUUGAUUGUUAAACUAUAUAUGUAGUCUAUUUUGGGUAAAUGGGCGUGUUUGUCUUGUAAAGUAUUUCAAAACUAUGUAUUUGUUGUUUUCAUUUUAAUUAUCAUAAAGGAGGAGAUUAGUUUGAAGUAUUUCUUGAAUAUGUGAUUAUUCGGUCAUAAUAA